AUGAGUAGAUUUGUGAACGGAGGCUGGAGCAGUUGGGGCUAUGAUCAGCUAGGUGUCUGUAGUGUCACAUGUGGUGUGGGAGCUCGGAGAAGAUAUCAGAUACGAACGUGCACUAACCCAGCUCCAGAAAAUGGCGGCAAAGACUGUGGAACAGGAAGCAAACGUAGCUCAACAGUGUCUUGUGACACAGAGGUCAAAUGUCCAGUUGUCAACGGAGGCUGGAGCAGUUGGGGCUAUGAUCAGCUAGGUGUCUGUAGUGCCACGUGUGGUGUGGGGUCUCGGAGAAGAUAUCAGAUACGAACAUGCACUAACCCAGCUCCAAAAAAUGGAGGCAAAGAUUGUGGGACAGGAAACAAUCGAAGCUCAAAACAGUCUUGUGACACAAACAUCAAAUGUCCAGUUGUCAACGGAGGCUGGAGCAGUUGGGGCUACGAUCAGCUAGGUGUCUGUAGUGUCACGUGUGGUGUGGGAUCUCAAAGAAGAUAUCAGAUACGAACGUGCACUAACCCAGCUCCAAAAAAUGGCGGCAAAGACUGUGGAACAGAAAACAAACGUAUCUCAACAGUGUCCUGUAUUACAAACAUCAAAUGUCCAGUUGUCAACGGAGCCUGGAGCAGGUGGAGUUAUGAUCAACUAGGUGUCUGUAGUGUCACGUGUGGUGUGGGAUCUCAGAGAAAAUAUCAGAUACGAACUUGCACUAACCCUGCACCACAAAAUGGCGGCAAGGACUGUGGAACAGGAAACAAACGAAUUUUAACAGUGUCUUGUAAACGGAACAAAUGUCCAAAUGGUCAUUCAAGUUGGUCUAGCUGGAAUCUAGAUCGACUGGGUGUCUGCAGUGUCACGUGCGGUGUGGGAUCUCGGACACGAUAUCAGAUACGAACGUGCACUAAUCCAGCUUCGCAAAAUGGAGGCAAAGACUGUGGAACAGAAAACAAACGUAGCUCAACAGAGUCUUGUGAUACCCAGGUCAAAUGUCCAGAAUCAGUGUUUGGCCCAGGUCUCAUUGCAGCCGUGUCUGUGUCUGGAGUGUUCCUCAUAUUCCUUGCUGUGGCUGCUGUCGUCUUCUUCAGAUUGAGAAGAAGAAUUGGGAAGAAGAAAUCAAACAUCAAGGAACGACCCGUGUCAGAGUUACCAUAUGUGAAUGACGUCACAAAGCCAGAGUCCAACGCUGAGAAUCUUUACGAGACUACUUCUUCACAGUCGCCUGAAAACCUCUACGAGGGUCUGUCGGAGACCCGGGAAGACCCGAAUGAUGCUCCCAGUGAUGGCACAUACACAAACGCUAACCUCCCAACAGACGACAAUGUGUAUGAUGAGAUGAACUAAUUGUCAACGCAUGGGGACUGUAGGAAUUUAAAUUAUUUAAUUCUGGAAAAGUAUGCCAAUUUGAAUUAAUAACUCUUGAAAGUAUGAGAAUUUGAAUUAGAAACUCUUGAAAAGUAUGACAAUUUGAACUAUUAAAUCUUGAAAGGUAUGACAAUUUGAACUAUUAAAUCUUGAAAAGUAUGACAAUUUGAACUAUUAAAUCUUGAAAAGUAUGCCAGUUUGAAUUAGUAACUCUUGAAUGCUAUGCCAAUUUGAAUUAGUAACUCUCGGAGGCUAUGACAAUUUGAAUUAGUAACUCUUGGAGGCUAUGAUAAUUUGAUUUAAUAACUCUCUCGGAGGCUAUGAUAAUUUGAAUUAGUAACUCUUUGAGGCUAUGAGAAUUUGAAUUAGUAACUCUUGGAGGCUAUGAGAAUUUGAAUUAGUAACUUUUGUUAACUAUAAACAUUUGAAUGAGUAACUCUUGCAGACUAUGAAAAUUUGAAUUAAUAACUCUUGCACACUAUGAGAAUUUGAAUUAAUAACUCUCGGAGGCUAAGAGAAUUUUAAUUAAUAACUCUCGGAGACUAUGAAAAUUUUAAUUAAUAACUCUCGGAGACUAUGAUAAUUUGAAUUAAUAACUCUUGGAGGAUAUGAGAAUUUGAAUUAAUAACUCUCGGAGGCUAUGAGAAUUUGAAUUAGUAACUCUUGGAGGCUAUGCGAAUUUGAAUUUGAAUUAGUAACUCUUGGAGGCUAUGAGAAUUUGAAUUAGUAACUUUUGUUAACUAUAAAAAUUUGAAUGAGUAACUCUUGCAGACUAUGAAAAUUUGAAUUAAUAACUCUUGCACACUAUGAGAAUUUGGAUUAAUAACUCUUGGAGGCUAUGAGAAUUUGAAUUAAUAACUCUUGGAGGCUAUGAGAAUUUGAAUUAAUAACUCUUGGAGACUAUGAGAAUUUGAAUUAGUAACUCUUGGAGGCUAUGAGAAUUUGAAUUAGUAACUUCUGUUAACUAUAAAAAUUUGAAUUAAUAACUCUUGGAGACUAUGAACAUUUGAAUUAGUAAAUCAUGAAAACUAUGGGAAUUUGAAUUAGUAACUCUUGGAGGCUAUGAGAAUUUAAAUUAGUAACUUUUGUUAACUAUAAAAAAAAAAUUAAUAACUCUUGGAGGCUAUGAGAAUUUGAAUUAAUAACUCUUGGAGGCUAUGAGAAUUUGAAUUAGUAACUCUUGGAGGCUAUGAGAAUUUGAAUUAGUAACUCUUGGAGGCUAUGAGAAUUUGAAUUAGUAACUUCUGUUAACUAUAAAAAUUUGAAUUAAUAACUCUUGGAGACUAUGAACAUUUGAAUUAGUAAAUCAUGAAAACUAUGGGAAUUUGAAUUAGUAACUCUUAAAAACUGAGAUUUUUUAAUUUUAGUAACUCUUGAAAACUAUGUUAUUGUUUUCAUCAGGUAUCGUACUUAUUAAUUUGUUUCUUAACACUGUUUGCUAAUAAGCAUAAUAAGUCGCGAAACAGAAAUAAUUAUUUCUGGAAUUUUACUGGAGUAAAAUUAUUGCGACUCAUUCCUUAAUCUGUGAUAUAAAGAAGUUUAUUAGUCAAUUUUGAAAGCAAGUGAUUCCUUCCCAAUUUUCCUCUCCUGGAUUUAUCAAAAGCCAUUUUGUAUUAUACAUAUUAUUUGGGAAGGUUUUUGUCUCAAACACUAGAAAUAAACUGUAGAAGCAAGUAUAUUUUUGUAUGGUACUCCUGUGCGAUAUAGUUUACUAAAGAACUUGCUAGUCACUGCUCGAUGUUCAUAGCCUUUAAUUGCCACAUUGAUUAUCAGUAAGCUCUAAAGAAAUAAACG